AUGUCGCUGCAUAAAAUCGAAGAAGGUCAUGUUGGUGUUUACUAUCGGGGCGGCGCGUUGCUUUCAGAGGUGUCGCAACCCGGCUAUCACAUGGCGAUUCCAUAUUUGACGACGGUGAAAUCGGUGCAGAUCACUCUGCAAACCGAUGAGGCAACAAAUGUGCCAUGCGGCACGUCGGGAGGUGUAAUGAUCCAUUUCGAUCGAAUUGAAGUCGUCAAUAUUCUCGCGGCGAGUAGUGUUUACAAUAUUGUCAAGAAUUAUACGGUCGACUACGACCGUCCGCUCAUCUUCAACAAGGUCCAUCAUGAGGUCAAUCAAUUCUGCAGCAGCCACACACUGCAGGAAGUCUACAUCGAUUUAUUUGACAAAAUCGACGAGGAGAUCAAAAAAGCGCUUCAAGAGGACCUGACGAUAAUGGCGCCGGGUCUUUUCGUACUGGCGGUGCGCGUCACGAAGCCGAAAAUUCCGGAAGCGAUUCGACAAAGCUAUGAGAACAUGGAAGCUGAAAAAACUCGUCUUCUCGUCGCCAUCGAACAUCAAAAAGUCGUCGAAAAGCUGGCGGAGACGGAGAGAAAAAAAGCUGUGAUAGAAGCGGAAAAAAUCGCCGAAGUCGCCGCGAUUCAUCAAAAACAGAAAAUCGCUGAAAAGGAAACCGAAAAGCUGGUGAAUCAGAUGGAAGCCGAAAGCAAUUUGGAAUUGACGACGCCCGGCAAACAGCAGAUUCUCACCAGCAGCCUAUGCAAUCGGAAAAGUCUCAACGAGACAAUGAUAAUGGAUCACAACCAACUCGACGAGAAUCUCGAUUUCGUUCGACACGCCAUCAAAAAUGAGCGGCGCGAUUCUCACGCGAAUGCCACGUCACACGUGAUCGUUUCAACGUGCGACACGUGGAUGUCGCUCGACGAAUAUUUUCGACGUUAUGGUCCGUUCGCGUUGCCCGACUGGCUCACCGCACUCAUUCUCAAAGACGUCUCGUCGGCCCUCUCGCAAUUGCAUCGUCGGCAGAUUUUUCACGGCGCCGUCACACCGGACAACAUCUAUUUCAUGAACAACUCGCAUACCGUUUGCCUAUUGACGAGCAAAAUGCAGGCGCGAAAAAUGAACGCCGACAAUUUACUCGAAAAUCGAAGUUCGGACCUGUCGCAACUCGGCUUCGUGCUGUUCCGCUGCCUCACCGGCGACUCGCCGGCGUUCCUCCAAAGCGGCGACGUCUCGAUUCCGUCGAACACGACCGCCGAUCCAUCGGCGAUCCAAUUGGUCCGCAAAUUGAUGGCCCGCAAGUUUAGCGAGUCCGCCAACGUGUUGGCCGCUCAUCCGUUCGUCGUCGCCGCUUCUCAGCAGCAACUCACACGAUUUUUGCAUCUCUUCUAG